CAAGGCCAAGGUUAUAAAAGAAGGGGAGCUUCCGUUACUGUAGGUUCAUAACUACUAUAAGCAUAUCUUUCCAUGUUAAACUGUACUCAACGGGUGGUGACGUGGUGGUUGAAAAAAACUGAAAUCACAACGACCCACGUGGGUAACGCCUGUUUAUAGACGGCCACGCAACACCAUUUGUCUCUCCGGGCAGAUAGAAAUAUAGAUAAGCUAAUUUUUUUGAGAGAGAGAGAGAGAGAGAGAGAGCGAUGAUUUGGGUUCUUUAAUGUUCGGGUUGAUCGGUCGUUAGGCUUAACUUAUUGACUUUAUUAUGAUAGGAUUUGGACUUUGGAGGGUUGCCAAAAGCCGGAGGGGCCCAUUGGAGGGUUGCCAAAAGCUGGAUGGGCCCAUUUAUACUAAUUGCAAUAGUCAAAAGAUUUGGAUCAUGGAUUGCAUAGUUAUAUUGGGCCUGACAUUCAGUUCUAGCGGAAGUUCUCAGCUGACUCAGCGGAGAGGAUAUCAUCCCCAUUUCCCCUUCUAUCGUUUUCCUCCUGGAUUCGCGAGUAACAAAUUGCUCCUUCGUCUAUAGUUCUCUCAAUGAAAAAAAAGACCAUGGCUUUGAGCUUUGAAGAAUCGAAUGUGGUGCAUUCGUUGCUAACAUCGGAGCAACGACCAAUGGACGAAAUUGUGUCGGAAUUCACCUCGAAAUUUGGCCGCGCUCGCUUUUUCUCUGUCUGCAACUCUCUCUUACUGCUCUUAGAGGAUAACAAGAUGCUCAAGUCUACUGAACGUUUAAUUGCAUUUGCUAUUCUUCACCAGGCUUAUUCCUCUCAACCAACAUCCAUGAACCCAUUCAUAUCUUAUAUUGUAAAUAGAUUUAACUUCUAUGUAUGCUUUUGUCAAGAAUCGAUGGUUUUUCAGGACACAAUAUUGAAGAAUUGACAUUUUCUUUUUUGGCCGACAAUUGAGGCUUAUACAUCAAAUUUAGGGCAUAUCGUCAAUAUUGUACAAUACUUUGUCAUGUUGAAAUAAAAUAGCUUCUGUUACAAUAUUUA